AAAAUCUCUUUCUUGAUCUCUCUCUGAACCCAACAAUGGCACCAGGCAUAUCAAGAGUUGAUAGAAUUAGUGCAUUACCGGAUCCGAUUCUUGUUCACAUCCUUUCUUUUCUGGAAUCUAAAAUGGUUGCAGCAACAAGCAUUCUCUCGAGCAGGUGGAGGGAUCUGUGGCACUCAGUUCCCACAGUGGACCUCGAUGACGCACUCUUCCCGGAUGAGGAAGAACUGUUUGUUCGCUUCGCAUACGCAGUUAUACUCUCGCGAGAUGUGACGCAACCCAUUCUCAAUUUCCGCCUCAAAUCUGAGUAUUCUUUAAGUGCUCAAUGUGAUGUAGAAUUGUGGCUCAACACCGCCAUACAGCGUCAAGUUGGGAGGAUUGAGCUGUCACCGCCCAUUUAUUCUGAUAUAAAGUUGCCGAUUGGAAUUCUGACAUGUUCAACCCUUGUUGUUCUCAAGUUGGCAAACUUAACAGUGGACCGUAUUUCAACAGUACAGUUACCGGCUCUUCAAACUUUGUAUAUGGAUGGGGUUGAAUUUGCAAAACGUGAAUAUGUUGAUAUGAUUCUCUCAGGAUGCCCAAAUAUUGAGGACUUGCAAAUUGAAUCUCUCGAUUUGUAUCUAAACUUCAGACCUCUUGACAUCACUUUCGGCAAUCUAAUUCACGUGCAGUUCUCUGUGUAUGAUUGUAGAUGGUGGUUGCUACUUAGACUGCUCAACUCCUGUCCCUUGCUUCAAAUUCUUGAACUGAGAAAGGAGAAGAAGAUAUCGGCAAGUUUGUCGGAUCGACUAAGUCGGCAUUACCCGAAAACCGUUCCCGGAUGCCUUUCAUCGCACCUAAGAGCCUGCACUAUAGACAAUUUUCAUGGUGCUGAUGUUGAUAUUCAAUUUGCAAUAUAUAUUCUGCAGAAUGCAAGUGUGUUAAAGAAGAUGACCAUAUGUUGCUCGAGUUCCUCAAGAAAAGAAAAUAGGUUUGAAAUUUUAAAAAAGAUAUCUAAGGUUGCUAGGAUCUCUACAACUUGUGAACUCUUGUUUGAAUGAUAUUAUAGUCUCUUCAGCUUGUUAGUGUUUUAUUUAGCUUUUACUUGCUACCUGCGUUGCUGUUUGUUUUGGAAGACAUAUAAUUAGGGUGGAAUAAAUGUCAUGCUUGUUUCUAGUUUUUAUUCUAGUUGAUGAAUGGCUAAAUAUUUAUAUAAUUAUAUAAUAUAUAGUUAU